GUCCUCUCCUGGGGCGCGGACGCUGUGUGUUAGUUAUGGGUCUCUCAAGGCUCGGCUCCCUCUAAUUGGUGGUCCGCGAGGUUUCCACGGCAACCGAGCAGUGGGCGGACCUUAGAAGGUAGGAAGCGAGACCCGGAAGUGACGCUCUUACCUCGCGACGGCAGCGAGAAGGGUGGAAGAUGGCUGCGCGCAAGGGAAGGCGUCGCACGUGUGAGACUGGGGAACCCAUGGAGGCCGAAUCCCGGGACGCAGGUUCUGAGGGACCGCCCCAGGUCUACCUGCCCGGCCGGGGACCGCCGCUGCGCGAAGGAGAGGAGCUGGUCAUGGAUGAGGAGGCCUAUGUGCUGUACCACCGUGCGCAGACUGGUGCCCCCUGUCUCAGCUUCGACAUAGUCCGAGAUCACCUGGGAGACAACCGGACAGAGCUUCCUCUUACACUUUAUCUGUGUGCGGGGACCCAGGCGGAGACUUCCCAGAGCAACAGACUGAUGAUACUUCGAAUGCACAAUCUUCAUGGGACUAAAUCCCCAUCCUCAGAGGACAGUGAUGAUGAUGAGGAGGAAGAUGAAGAGGAUGAAGAAGAGCGGAAGCCUCAGCUGGAGCUGGCCAUGGUACCUCACUAUGGUGGCAUCAACCGAGUUCGGGUGUCAUGGCUAGGUGAAGAACCUGUGGCUGGAGUGUGGUCAGAGAAGGGCCAGGUGGAGGUUUUUGCACUGCGGCGGCUUCUGCAGGUAGUAGAUGACCCCCAGGCCAUGGCAGUCUUCCUCCGGGAUGAGCAGGCCCGAGUGAAGCCUAUCUUUACCUUUGCUGGCCACAUGGGUGAGGGCUUUGCCCUGGACUGGUCUUCCCGGGUACCUGGUCGUUUGCUGACUGGUGACUGUCAGAAGAAUAUUCACCUCUGGACACCUUCAGAUGGUGGUUCCUGGCAUGUGGAUCAGCGGCCAUUUGUGGGCCACACACGCUCCGUGGAGGACCUGCAGUGGUCCCCAACUGAGGAUACGGUGUUUGCCUCUUGCUCUGCUGAUGCCUCCAUUCGCAUUUGGGACAUCCGGGCUGCCCCUGGCAAGGCCUGCAUGCUCACCACAGCCACUGCCCAUGAUGGGGAUGUCAACGUCAUCAGCUGGAGUCGCCGGGAGCCCUUUCUGCUCAGUGGUGGGGAUGAUGGGGCCCUCAAGGUCUGGGACCUGCGGCAGUUCAAGUCUGGCUCCCCAGUGGCCACCUUCAAGCAGCAUGUGGCCCCUGUGACCUCUGUUGAAUGGCACCCCCAGGACAGCGGGGUCUUCGCAGCCUCAGGUGCAGACAACCAGAUCACACAGUGGGACCUGGCUGUGGAGCGGGACCCUGAGGCAGGCGACGUGGAGGCUGACCCUGGGCUGGCGUCCCUCCCGCAGCAGCUGCUGUUCGUACACCAGGGUGAGACGGACCUGAAGGAGCUGCACUGGCACCCGCAGUGCCCGGGGGUCCUGGUCAGCACCGCUCUGUCUGGCUUCACGGUAUUCCGCACCAUCAGCGUCUGAGGCAACCCCACGGCCUCCAGCCCUGCCUUUUACCUGGGAACUGAAGCUGAAGUUGGUUUGCCUGGAAGGGGUUCAUUCAGGUCUCUUGAGUAGCCUCCCAAAAGAAGGGCUUAGUUUAACUGGCCCAUGGAGAGCAGAAAAGAUGGAUUCUGCUCCCUUGAAGGACUUGGUUUGACUCUGGCUGUGCGAAGCCAUGCCACCAAAGAUGAUUCCAGCAAAGACCUCCACCCAUCAGAGCACUUGAUUAGCCAACUGGCUUGAAUAUGGAAUUCUUGUCAGCUUUGUCACCUGGCUUGACCCUUUGACCUCUGCCCCAGGACCUAGUUUUGACUAUUGGUCUCUCCCCCAGGGACUUCAAGGGCUUUACCAUGGCUGGACCAACUUUGAGGUAUGGGCUCCUCUGGUGGAAUUUGGUUCUGCGCCUUGUCUUCACCUUGUCUUCCAGCCAGCUGGGUUUGGCCAGGAAUUCCCAGUGAGGGGGUCUGUAGGGAGCCCUCUCCUCCCUGAGCUGAGGGCUGGUACUAUUGGGGGAGGAAGAUAAAAGAGGCAAUAAAGGACCCAAAUGAGGACUGAA